CCCCCCCAAUACCGACCGUUAAGAACCUUUAAGAUGUAGUGACGUGCUUAGAGGCUUGUGAUUGUCCAGUGGGUGAACAUUGUUUGUACAAUGAACUUUUUUUUGAAUCAACAGAGAAAAUACUGUCUGCUUCCAACUCACACUCAAACACAUCGAUCCCCUGAAUGCAGCUCACUCUCCAGAUCCCAAUCACCUGUUCACACACCUGUAUGUCAUUUACACACACUAUUUAGUUGUGAUGUUUUGUUACACGUUUAUAUUCAGAGCUCUGUUUUAUCUCUGCAUUAGUCCUCCUGUGUAUCGUAGUUUUUGGCCAUCCUCAGUAACGACACCUUGCCUAUUCCCUGCCUGUACUUUUCAAAUCAGAUUUCCUGUCGUCAACCCCUUGCCUGAUCUCCCGGACUACGUUCUUUAGCCUUUUCCCUGCCUGUACUGUUACCUUUUUGGCGUCCCUGUGUAUGACCUUCUGCCUGCACCUGGACCCAGCUACCUGCCUCUUCCUGUGGUCCCUUGCUAAUAAACACCUGCUGCGCCCUGCGCUUGGAACCAGCCCUCUGUCUCCAUCUUAUUCAUUACAGUUGUAAGCGGUGGACAGUUAUGUAUGUUGUAAACCACAUGUCUGUGCCACACGUCAUAGGUGCCUAUCCUACUGCUAUAAAAACAGUGACCGUGUGGUUUGGUUUGCUGCACAAGCUUCCUGUUAGAGGUUCUCUUCUCAGCGACAGUUUCCUGUGACAGGCGAUUCCAAACAUUUGUUUGUCUGAUAAGGGCUUGGUGAAAGAAGGCCUAAAAACCUUAAAGAUGGAAUCACACACUGACAUUUAUAAAUAAUGCAAUCGAGGAACAUAAUCUUAUGAGGAAAAAACGGGCUACAAAUUAAUAAAAGAUACAUCUACAGAUAAAUCAAUAACACAUUUUAUUUGCCAAAUGUCUCCCUCUCAUCCUGUGUGUGGGCUACAUGUCCCACUCAUAUCAUCUCAUUAAAAUAGAACCCCUCCAUCUUUUUAAUAAGCCAAGAUGGAAAACAAGUCACUUGACUAGAGAAGGCUACACUGGACAGUCUCUCACCUGCACUGACCAUGCCUGCUCCUCUCUAUUUUAGGGAACCAUUAUUGUCUCUUUGUUUCACUGCAUAAAGAGGCAUGAAGGGUAGGCACUUUCCCUCCCAUCUAGUUAACGAGUGUUUGAUUGAAUUAUUGUGUUCUAAUCUGCUCUGUCUUUCAUCCACUGUACUUUAUUUCUGCAUGGGGUUAUUUGGGGGUUUUGCAGACUCUUUGUUUAAGGACAGCCCUUCUUUCAAUGUAAUCUGUCACAGAGGUGAGGGGUGUGGCUAACAUUUGUGUGUGCGUGCAUGUGUUUGUGUGUGCGUGCGUGUGUGCGUGUAUGUGUUUGUGUGUGCAUGCGUGUGCGUGUGUGCGUGCAUGUGUUUGUGUGUGCAUGCGUGCUUGCAUCUCCAUGUUCGUGUGUGUUUGUGUACCAUAGCAGACAUCACUCCCCACUCCAGGAUGUGUGACUGUGACGUGGACGUGUCCUCGGAGCCCACCAGCCCCACGCUCUAUGGCGAGUCCUCUGACAAAUACUACCAUGUGGACCGCUGGCAGAAGCUCCGCACCGCCGUCCGCAAGCUGGAGUUCUGGGAGAACUUCACCGCCGAGCUCAUCGGUAGCGGCUUCUUUUCCAAAGUCUACAAGGUGACUCACAGUACGACCCGUAAGGUGACGGUGGUGAAGAUAUAUAAGAACGACGUGGACCAGGAUAGCAUCGUGCGUGAGAUUAGUCUACUGCAGAAACUCUCCCAUCCCAACAUAGUCAGGUAUCUGGGGAUCUGUGUGAAAGAAAAUAAACUCUACCCCAUAUUAGAGUAUGUGAGUGGGGGCUGUCUGGAAGAGCUGUUAGCCAGGAAGGAUGUGUCUCUGUGCUGGAGGGAGAAGGUGGACCUGGCCUGUGACAUCACCAGGGGAAUGAUCUACCUGCACUACAAGAACAUCUAUCACAGGGACCUCAACUCCAAGAACUGUCUGAUCCGUGUGACAGCGCGGGGCAGGGAGGCCCUGGUCACAGACUUUGGCCUGGCCAGAGAGGUGGUGGAGCUGCCGGUUAAAGACCCAGAGAGGAAGCUCUCCCUGGUGGGAUCUGCCUUCUGGAUGGCCCCGGAGAUGCUUCGCGGGGAACCCUAUGACCGGAAGGUGGACGUAUUCUCCUUUGGGAUUGUACUCUGUGAAAUACUGGCAAGGAUCCCUGCAGACCCGGAGAUUCUACCAAGAACCCAGGACUACGGCCUGGAUGUGCGUGCGUUUAGGGAGCUGGCGAGUGGGUGUCCUCAGCGCGUGUUGGAGCUGGCAGCCAGCUGCUGUCUGAUGGAGUCCUUCAGGAGACCGGCAUUCAUAGAGUUGCUGGAUGAACUGGGGGAGAUCGCUGAGACUCUUGAGCCGCCCCCUAACCCGCCCCCUAACUCAGAGCAGACCACUGGGUGAGCAGCCUGGUCUGGCCGACGCCCCCGCCCACCCAUCCAUCUGGAGGAAGUUCUGUACUUAUAUAUGGGCUGAAUCCCAAAUGGCACUCUGUUCCUUGUAUAGUGUACUACUUUUGACCAGGUGCCAUUUAGAGAAUAGGGUGCCAUUUGGGACUCAACAAUAGACAGCUGCACAGGGCCAGGGGACAGAGAUUCCUCAGGAUGACCUCUCUAUAGGGGCUGACCUCUAUGCCUGUGCCUACCUACACUGCACCUACAGAUGUGUCUGUGGGUGGAUCCACAACUUUCAAAUUUAAGACUGGUGGAUUGAUGAAUGAAAAAUACUAUAUGUGUCUUCUUGAAGAGAGGGUCUCUUUGGAAGCUGGAAGGCUUUACUUAACCAGUUCACACACUUUGUGUGCAGCUGAAUAUCUUACCUAGGGGGAUAGCAGUUGGGCAUCAUUUUGUUUAGCGGCAUAUCUCACCUUAUUUCAACGUUCUUUCCUUAAAUUCAUCUAAUAUUUCUACUUUUUGUUUUAGUUUGUGUUGUUGUUUAUGACCGUAUUUUGUGUUGAUGAUACAGACAUUAAUCUGUUGAUGCCUUUCCUUCCCCCGUUGUUUUCCAUUGUCUAUCUAGCUCUAGUUUCUAUUGUUUAUUCAACUCUACCUAAAUGACCAGACGCUAGAGAGACGUCAUGUUCAAUUCUCCAUGUCACCUCUUUUCAGAAGUGAAAUUGCCUCUCUCAGUUCAGUUGGCUGCGCUGUGAGUAGAGAUGUUGUUGUUCACAGCCCACAAGGAGCUCAACAAAGACAUCGCCACGGCCCCGAUUCUGACCUGCUGACGUCAGUUCAGCUAGCUAGCACAAUGCAGACGGCAGGCUGAUGCCAGUGGGUGGGUACACAAUGUAACAAGAGUUUGUUUCGUAACCUCACACCUCAGCUUGAAAUGUCUCUACGCGUGCUAUCAAAUUGGGUACCUUUUCUUAUUGGCUAUUGUUAAGCAAACACAGUGACACUUUACAUACAGUGGAUAGGUCUAACAUUAGCUACAGUACAGUAAUACUCAAUUCAUUGUCCCUGAGCUCACUCUACCUGGCCGAAGAUCUUAUUUCAAUAGAUUUUGUAUUUUUUGUUCUUAUAUACAAUGUAACACUUUGUCCUCAGCAUGUUUAAUCAAUCUGUCCUAUUUAUUUAUUUGUCCACUUUUUUUGCAAUGUACAUGUGCACAUUUAUAUUCCGGUAUCUACAGUAUCCGGUAUUUUUUUGACAUCCAAUAUCCAAUCUGAUAUUUCUUGUCAAUGAAUAACAUGUGGCUGUAAAUCUUGCCCGUAGUUGCCUGUAGUUUUUAAGGGAAAUGUAAAAAGUGCUGACACGUAGGAAAGUCAGCCAAUAACAACUGUCUGUGAGAACUUUCCAGCGGAGUCGAUGCUCUUGCCAAGUGACCAGUAUUUACCAGUGAGUGUGUGCUCAUCUCAAUCAGAUGUUUCAAGUAUCACUUGAAGAGUAGAGACAUAUUUUAUUUGCUUUUUGUUGUUGUAAAACAGUGUAUUUUUAGAGCUUUUAAAUUUUUUUUUUUAUCAUAUUAAAUAGUAGCCCAAAUUGAACAAUCUAGACAUUACUUUUUUGCAUUUUAGGUUUUUAAAAUAUUAUUAAAUAUCCCCAUCCUCCCCCGCUCUGGCAGGUCUUUGAUAUUCUAUGAAGGAAGUUUUUACUUUAUUUGGACUUUGUGUACCAUUACUCUGAAAAGCUAAAUACAUUUGUAAGAAAUGAAAAAUAGGCAUUUAAAGAAAAAAAUAUCAUAUUUGAAACAUUCACAUGUAUUUUACAAAUGAAUUGCUUCUUUCAAUAAAAGUUGUUUUCUAGAACAGGGUAA